AUGGCUGGCUUUAGAGCACAAUUUGAGAAUGAGCUUCGGCAAAGACUAAGUCAAAAGUCGACAGCCCACGUAUCGGAAGAAACAAUCCUUCUCAGAGCUUUCAAGUACUUUGACUUAGACAACACUGAAACAGUUGACUUCCCUGAGUUCUGCAAGGCCUUAGAGAAGGUGGGAAUGGUCGUUAAUCCUGAGCAGGUCCAACAGCUCUUCAACGUCUAUGACACUGACGGCUCAGGCUCCCUCGACUACAAAGAAUUCACUUCAGUAGUCUUUGACCAAGACACUUCUGCCAAGAAAUCCCCUUCAAAAGGAAUUUCUUCAAGCCAAGUAAGAAUUAUUAAAAUAGCGUGAUCUGAGGUGGACUCCUGGUGAUCCGUGAGUUGAUCCGGGCCUAAGAAAGAUGAGCCACAUGGCGAUAGUUCUCCGGGGUGGGUUUUUGACCUAGGGGCUGACCCUGGUCUUUUUUCCUUACCUACGAGAUGACCCUACCGGCGCAAAGUCCCGAUACCACUCCAUGGGAGCAAUUCCGAGCCUGCGAUAAGGCUCUGACAGCCAUGGAGGAGGCAAAAGGCGAUUCCCCUAUACUCUGAGCCCUGCCAGAGGUUGAAGGAGUCUUUUGAUAAAUUUUGUAGAUCGUUGGUUUUGUUCGGUAGGGUGUCUUCUCCAAUAGACCUUCGACGUCACCAUUUUUUGGGGAUGUCAGAAGAGAAAAAGGUGGUGUGAGGAUAGCGCUUAGCGUCAAUGCGAAGCUAUCCGUUGGACUGCGAGGGGCUGAAAUAAACCCCUAAGACCCGCUAUAAUUUUAAUCAAUCUAAUCAAGCCAAGUAAGAGAAGGAGAAGAAGCCCUUGAAAAACUCCGCCAAAAAUUAGCCUCCAGAGGCGGAAGAGGGAUUAUUGGGCUAGCCAGACAAUUCAAGAUUAUUGAUGAUGAUAACUCAAAGUCCUUGGACCUCCAAGAAUUCACAAAAGCUAUGAGGGACUUUAGAGUCGAAAUUUCACAAGGUGAUAUUCAGGCACUUUUUAACCUUGUCGAUAGAGAUAGAUCUGGACAAAUUGAUUAUGACGAGUUCUUAAGGGCACUUGCUGGGCCUAUGAACUCCUUUAGAAAAGCCUUAGUCAAUCAGGCGUUUAAUAAGCUUGACAGAGACAAUUCAGGGAUUUUGGAUAUUGAGGAUAUCAGAAACGUGUAUAAUGCUAAAGGCCACCCUGAUGUGAGAAGCGGAAGGAAGACUGAGGAGGCUGUAUUAGGAGAGUUCUUGGAAACCUUUGAAAUGCAUCAUAACAUUGGUGGUGCGAGAGAUCAAAGAGUUACAAGAGAAGAGUUCGAAGAGUAUUAUAACAACAUUUCUUGCAGCAUUGACAAUGAUCAAUAUUUCGAACUUAUGAUGAACAACACCUGGAAACUCAGCGAAGCUCCAGCUUACACUAAAAACAAAGCUUGGAAAGGUGAAGAAUCUGGCGCUGGAAGAAGACCAGCUUCUAAAGGAGGACGUGAGACAGAAAAAGCUCCAGAGCGUGCCCCUGAAAGAGAUACAAAAGGCGCCACCCCUGCUCUAACCAGGACUGGUGAAGCUUUAUGUGAAAAAUUCAGAGAAAGACUUGCAGCCCGAGGGACCAGAGGAAUAAUUGGAAUUCAACGCCAGUUCAAGAUCAUGGACGACGAUGGCUCCAAAAAUAUUUCAGUUGACGAAUUCAAGAAAGCUUGUCACGAUUUUAGAGUCGAUAUUGAAGACCGAGACAUUGAAAGACUCUUCCAAGCUUUGGAUAGAGACAGAAGUGGAACUAUUGACUAUGAUGAACUAAUAAGAGCAGUCAGAGGGCCUAUGAAUAAUGCUCGCAAAGCUUUAGUCAAGCAAGCUUGGGAUAAACUUGAUAGAGAUGGAAGUGGAAUCAUUGAUAUCAACGAUGUCAGAGGCGUUUAUGACGCUAGAGGACACCCUGAUGUAAAAUCUGGCAAGAAGACUGAAGACGAAAUCCUUGGAGAAUUCUUGGAAACUUUUGAAACCCACCACAACAUCAGUGAUCUUUCUCAGAGAGACAGAAGAGUCUCAAAAGAAGAGUUUGAAGAGUACUAUAACAAUGUUUCAGCAAGCAUUGAUGACGAUAGAUACUUUGAGCUUAUGAUGACUAAUGCUUGGAAAUUAGGACAGCAAGCACCUAAAAGAGAAGCAUGGGCUGGAGAAGUUGGAGGGAGAUCUGCUAGAAAUCAGCCACCAUCAAGAGGAGGGCAAGUUCCAUAUGCAGGCUCUGUCAACAAAAGAGACGCAGCUGCCAAAACUCCUUGGGGAACUUCAAGUGACCCAGUCGAUUACAGCACAAGCAAUAGGCCUGCAAGCAGACAAGCUGAGCCAGCUUCAUCCACAAGACCAACUGCUGGAGGUCCAGUCGAAGGACUUUUAACUGCUCUGAAAGAAAGACUUGCCUCAAGAGGUGCAAGAGGUUUCAUUGGACUUUCAAGAAGCUUCAAAAUCAUGGAUGACGAUGGGUCAAAGAGCUUAGAUGCCCAGGAAUUCGCAAAAGCUAUGAGAGACUUUAGAGUUGACAUCAAUGAGUCUGAUACCAGAAGACUGUUCAACUAUAUGGAUGCUGAUCAUAGUGGAACAAUUGACUAUGAAGAGUUCAUGCAUAGACUGAGAGGAGAACUGAACCCAUUCAGAAGGAAUCUUAUAUCUAUGGCUUUCAGUAAGCUUGAUAAGAACGGAAAUGGGAUUGUUGAAAUUGAUGAUAUUAAAGGAGUCUACAAUGCUACCAGACACCCAGACGUUAUUUCAGGCAAGAAAACCGAAGACGAUAUUCUUUGUGAAUUCUUAGAUACCUUUGAAACCCAUCAUGCAGUCUAUAAAGAAAACACCAGAGACUUCAGAGUGACAAUGGACGAGUUUCUAGAAUAUUACUCCCAUGUUUCUGCUUCCAUUGAUGAUGAUAGAUAUUUCGAACUUAUGAUGAAGAAUAGCUGGAAUUUCGAAGGAAAAACCUACCAGAAGGGCUGGGGAUCUGAUAUGACCUCUCCUGCCAAGAGAGUCAGAUAA